GAUGGCUCCACCUCAAUCCGCUACAAUGGAGACUCCGGAGCAGCAGAGGGCAGAGUAAACUAAAGCUUUUGGACACCAACGAAGCAAAUUAGACCCUCACUGCGACCUGUAGUAGUGAACGUGCUUUUCAAUGACAUUUGAGAUUUUGCGGCUUUCGUAAGAGAACGAACAGCACCAAAAUGCUGAUAAAAUACACUGUGGGUUUAUUCAGUUCUGUCCGCAUCCUCGGAACUGAACUCACCAAGUUAUGUGUGUCGCAGCACCUGAGGUGUCUACAUACUGGAUGUGCAAGUCUGGCCGUAGAUAAAGCUCUACUAAUGAAGCUGAGGAAGAGCACAGGGUAUACCUUCAUCAACUGCAAAGCCGCGCUGGAGAAAUUCAACAGUGACAUCACACAGGCGGAGAGCUGGCUGAAUGAACAGGCCCAAAAGGAAGGCUGGAGUAAAGCCAACAAACUGGAGGGCCGUCGGACGAAGGAAGGACUUAUCGGCCUCCUCAUGCAGGACAGUAGUGCAGUCAUGGUGGAGGUGAAUUGUGAAACAGAUUUUGUGGCAAAAAAUGAUAAGUUUCACCAGCUACUGAAGGAUGUUACUCUGGCCACCAUGGAACACCACCAUUCCAAAGCACAAGCACAGAAAGGCUAUAUGAAGAGCAUGCUACAAGCAGAGGAACUUGCAAAGUUGAAAGUGUCUGGAGGUUCCUCACUGGCAGAUCUGAUGGCCUUGUACAUUGGUCGGUUGGGUGAAAACAUGUCAGUGAGGCGGGCCUUGUGCCUGAGUGUGCCUUCUGAUUGGAGGAUAGGUUCGUAUGUCCACGGAGGGGUAGCGUCCGCUCAGAUUGGCAUGGCCAUGGGAAAGUACGGAGCGCUGGUGGUGUUCCAGUGCGGGGCCUCUGAAGGCUCGGAAACCCUCGGCAGGAAGUUGGCGCAGCACGUGGUGGGCGAGGCGCCUGUGGCGCUAGGCAACAUGAACGACCUGCCCACCGGCCAAUCAGAAACCAGGCUCCUACCCCAGACACUGCUGUGGGACUCUAGCCUCACUGUGGCCCAGUUUCUACGGCAACAGAACGCCAAGGUGUUGGACUUUGGACGCUUCCAGUGUGGGGAGGGAAGCGAAUGAGGAACUAGAAAAAAGAUGGAUGCCUCUGCCUCAUCUGCCUCUAGUGUGGGUAGGAUCUGGGUUCUUCACAUAGCCAAUAUAUUAAAUUUGACUGACUUCCCCUCACAUCAGCUGGCUCAGGAACUGGUCAGGCCCCAUGCUGUGUUUCCCAAACCAUUGUUAAAAAAAUCGAGAGACUUUCAUCGUUAAAUGGUAGAGACCAUUUUGAACACUCACUCUUUUAAUUGUUGUGGUCACAGCAUGUUUGAGUGAAACGCAGCCCAAAUGUGUUCUGGAGUCAGUGGCUAUCAGGAUAUGGCUCUAAUGAGACAGUCUGUGCGACCAAAUAAGAAGCCUUACUAGUCCAAACCCAACCCUGUGUCUUCAAUCAAGGCCUCGUGAUGGUUACUGACCUUAGCCCCACUUAUUUGAUGCUCAUGAUGAAAUAAAGGGUUUUUGAGUA